AUGACUUCAUCGCCUCCUCAGGGGCUUGCCCCGGUGACGACGGUACACGAGGAGACGCGCGCCGCGUCAGGAGGCGCCGCGUUAACGCAACAGGCCGAAGAGGCGAACGCAGUAGGAACGGAAGAAUUCGCGACCAACCGUCGAGGUGGGAAACGAAAACGGGACGCCACGCCGUACGCUCGGCUACUCAGCGACGAAGGAAAAGGAGUAUUCCAAAUGUUCAUCGAGUAUUGCAAGAGAGAAUCGAUAGUGACGGAUGGCAGCGUCGAUCAAUACGCGCGCUACGUAUUGCGCUAUCUUUACUUCCUAGAGCAAACAACAUCGAAGGAAGGCGAAGAUGGCGAGGACAACAACGGUUUCAUCCAUCACAUCAGCGAAGCGCGCUUUGACGCGUUCGUCGAAUGGUACGGGAAGCGGGCCGAGGAGUGUGGAUACGCCGAUAACGAUCAAAAAACGCCCGCCUCUGCCUUGUCGCAUCUCCUUCGAAUGUUUCUAGAACAGGACGACGAGGAGGAAAACCAGAUGGGCGGUGGUGGUAAUUUGGCAGCAGAGAAGCGGCGAUUUCGAGUGAGCGAACAUCUCUCCUUAGAACAAGCCCGGGGCAUCAUAAGGAAGAACUACCGAAACGACAAACCGAGGGAGACGAAAGAGACGUUCUUCAAUCGGCGAGAAGGAAAAAACUCGGCUCUCAUGAAGAAGCGCGUGGCAAAACGUUUGGAGAAGUUGACAUUGUUGAAGUCGAGCGCGAGCGUGCACGACGUCGAGGAGCGAAAGAAACAGAUUAGAAAGACACAGAAUCUAAUCAACGUCAACAGAUUCAACGCGACUCACAACUUUGCGAACUUGUUCGAGGCGCUGCGGCGGUGCGACGAAGCCGAGUUCGGCGCUCGUUUGCUCCGUCGAGCUCAAGUCGAAGCGAGGCAAACAACCGGGCGCGUAAGCGACGUCAUCAAUCCCAAGAUUGUUCAAAACGAGCUCCGAAGAGUCGCGAAAGCGCUGAACGAAAGAGUCCGAAGCGAAAGCUUCGAUAACGACGAAGCGAGGAGGUCGUUUCUCUUACGCGCACUCGGCGACGAGUGGCCGUCGCAGUGA